GUAGUCGUUCGUAAAUAGCUUAGAUUUCACAUGAAAAUUACUAGACAGUUCAUAAAUAGCUUACAACUCAUAUAUUAAUCACAGAUAAUUUGAUAACAGUUAGUACGCAAAUUAUAAUUUUAUAUUAAUCAAUAUAUAUUGAGUUUUGGUCUUGUGAUAAAAUGGACAAUAAGAAAUAAGAGACAGUGUCAACGAACACGUGGUUAUACAGAAUUGUCUGUAAAUCUAAACGAGUUUUAAAUUUGUAUAAUAGAUUAUACAUUACUCUUUGCAAGAUAAAUCGUUGAGUCAUGGAAGAGAAUUCGCAUUUUUCCCAUAAAAUUUACAAAAAUGAUCCCUUAUUAUUUAAGAGUUACGUUGGUAAAGAAGUGAACAUUUCAACUGAAGAUAAUAACACGAUUUCUGGUAUUGUUUAUACGGUUGAUCCAGUAUCAGAAAGUAUUGUACUCCUACAAGGCUGCCAACAAAAUAAUUUAAAAAUUGUAUUUGGCCAUGCGAUAAAAAAUAUAGAGAUCUCUCCAAAUCAAUUAUGCGAAUUACCACAAUUGUUUAUGAACGCGCCAACAAGUAUUCUUCGAUCAACAGUAGAGAAGCGAAAAAGUGCUGUAAUAAAAUUAUUGCAAGAAAAUAGAUUCCCCGUAAAAGAACAGGACGAUAUUUUAACGAUAGAAAAUGUACUUUCAAUAAAACCACCGUAUGAACCCGCCGAUUGCAUUUGCGAUAAUAGCAUUAUCUUGGGAAGAAUUCAAAAUCUUCUUUCCCGUAUACAAAUUUGAUGUACCAACGUCUCCUAACAAUAUUUUACUUCUUCUUUAAUUAAUUAAUGAAAUAAUAGUGUUAUAUUAAUAAGAAUAAUACAAAUUGUAUU